CCACGGGCCAACCUGAUUGGCUGAAGGUCCAGGCGCUUCUCAGAGCUGCACGUCUGCGCCAACGCGUCGAGACCAGCCGAAAUUAAAUGCCUAUUUUUCUUUAAACGCGGCAAAAAACCCUAAAAAUUGUGUUGUUCGAUCUCUGCGGCUCUGAAGAUGGCAGAGAGCGAGGUGGACACACCGAGCACGCCGAUAGAGUACGAGAGCAAAUACUUCGAGCAUCAUGGAGUUCGCCUGCCUCCUUUCUGCAGAGGGAAGAUGGACGAGAUCGCCAACUUCUCCCUGCGAAGUAGCGACAUAUGGAUCGUUACUUACCCCAAAUCAGGCACAAGUUUGCUGCAGGAGGUAGUGUAUCUAGUGAGCCAGGGGGCGGACCCAGAUGAGAUCGGACUCAUGAAUAUUGAUGAGCAGCUUCCAGUGUUGGAGUAUCCUCAGCCAGGUUUAGAAAUUAUCCAGGAGCUGACAUCCCCUCGCCUGAUCAAAAGUCACUUACCCUACCGCUUCCUCCCCACGGCCAUGCACAACGGAGAGGGCAAGGUAAUCUACAUGGCCAGGAAUCCUAAAGACCUGGUAGUGUCCUACUACCAGUUUCACCGUUCUUUAAGAACCAUGAGCUACCGCGGGACCUUCCAGGAGUUCUGUCGGCGCUUUAUGAAUGAGAAGUUAGGAUACGGCUCCUGGUUUGAGCAUGUUCAGGAGUUCUGGGAGCAUCGCAUGGACUCCAACGUUCUCUUUCUGAAACAUGAAGAUAUGUACAAGGACCUGGGUACGCUGGUGGAGCAGCUGGCGCGGUUUCUUGGCGUCUCCUGUGAUAAGGCCCAACUGGAGAGCAUGGUGGAGAGCUGUAAUCAGCUGAUUGAGCAGUGCUGCAACUCAGAGGCUCUGUCCAUCUGCAGGGGUCGCGUGGGCUUGUGGAAGGACAUCUUCACUGUGUCCAUGAACGACAAGUUCGAUGCUGUGUACCGACAGAAGAUGGGCAAGUCUGACCUGACCUUUGACUUUGGUCUGUGAAGGAAGAGCCCAACGGCCACUGGACUGGACCGGCCAAUCAGCUGAUCGACCAAUCAGACCACCUGUUCUGCUUGACACAAUUCGCUAGAGUCUCCUAGAAUGGCGCCAUCUGCUAAACUCAAUCUCCAUGUCACAUUCCUCCAUUUCUCAUUUCUUUCGUUCGUUCCGUCUCUGGCUUGACUUGGCUUUAAGCUGUGCUGUAAGAAGAUGCUCCUGGGCACAGGUCUUGAAUCAGCACGGGUAAUGCCAGAAAGAUAUAUAUGUACAUAUUUAUACUGAUUCAAGAUCAGUGCGUAGGGGCGUUUUUUUUUUUUGUUUGUUUGUUUUUUUCAGUACAGAGCUUCAUCUUUGCGUGAUUUGCGGCGUGUUUGUGUGUAAACAGUGCAUAAAAGCAGUGCUUUAGCCUGGUGAAAAGUGUGAGUCUAAUGCUUGGUGCAUUGCACAUUGUAUAGAGCUAUUCAUACAGUAUACAUUCAUAAAAUGUGUAUUUAUCUGAAUAUGGGAAAAAAAUUAUUUAUAUUCUCGACGCCAAAACCUCAUUCCAAAGUCUGAGAGGAAUUCUGAGAUGAUUGCUUGGUUGAUGUUUGGGUCUUUUACAGAAACGAUUGGCUAGUUGCUAUAUUGUAUAUACGCAGCUGUCCAAUCACUGAAAGUACAUUUGCAUACUCGUCCCCAUGCUGAGAGAUGAUUGGUUUAGAGAUGACAGGUUUGAAUACUUGUACUCGUGCAGUGUGUGACUCAUCGCCUUUCUUUCUAUGAUAUGCUUUUAGAUCCAUCCUGAGAAAAUUGACCGAUGUUCUCGUACACAUUGUUUUAUCUGCUGCAGUGAACAGUAUUUUCAAUUAUGUUUGUGCACUUGUGCAUGGAUACUUGUCAGUGUACAGUAUGUGUGAGUGUGUGUGCAUAUAUGUGUAUGUGUGUGUGUGAGUGUAUGUCUAUGUGUGGGUGUCUCAUCUCAAUUUUACUGAUAAGCAAUAUCUCAUCUUUUACGAGCAGCCUGGCAUUAGUGUACGCUCGGUGUUGAUGUGGUCAGCAUAAAGCCUUCUGCUUUCAGCUCUCAGCUCAGCACCCCCACUCCAGUCCUUCCGUUUAACUAGAAAUUUAUAAGCCAGAGCAGAGUGAUCUUCUCCUGGUAACAUUUUACAUAAAGAUACACUGCAGUGGGUCAUACAUACAUAGCAUCUAAAAAACAAUAAUGGGUCACUUAAUGUCUGAUACUUGGUCACAUGUGUACGGUGGCCCAGAAAGGUCUUGGUCACAUCACAACAACAUUUACAAAGCAAAGAAAAAUAUGACAACGCAACUACAUCACAAAAACGCAACAUUUCAGAAAAGCUGUAUUAAAGCUUUUGAGAUUUUGUGCUCCUGGGCUCCCCCUACAGAUGCAGUGUGUAAUAAAUGUUUCAUUAGGACUAAAGGUCGAAAAAGCAGGUCGCAGUUCUCGCGCCUUGGGAAACUUACAGAGUCUGGUUUGAGCUCAGAGGAGCUCCGGCACAGACACGAGAGCACCGCUAUUCCUCCUAUUACACCUCAAUGCAGCGCUUUCAAGCUGUAAUUUUACUCAAAAAAAAAAAAAUCAAAAAUCAAGGAAAUCCUACCUAGUGGGGCUUUAAGGAAAAGCAAAUAUAUUUGCCACACCCGAAAUGCUCCUGGACGCUAGAUGGUGCUGUUUAGCUGUUGACGUUGUACCAAAAGCAUGCACAACAGGCUUCCUUUGCUGUGCUGUAGGGCUGCAACUAAUGAUUAUUUUGGUAGUCAACUAAUCUGAUGCUUAUUUUUUCGAUUAGUCGAUUAAUCAACGAUUAUUUCUGCCGAUUAUUCAUGUCCUCAAUCUGUAAAAAUUAUAGAAACAGACGUUUUGGUACAACGUCAACAGCUAAACAGCGCCCUCUAGAGUCCGGGAGCAUUUCUGGAGUGGUAAAUGUCUUUGUGAAUGUUGUUGUGAUGUGCCUUUUUGGGCCACCGUACACAUGGGCUUGCCUUAAAUUAAGCUGCACUGAGCUGUUUUUAUCAAAUUGUCAACAAAUGCAUGUGUACAACUAUCUUUAAGAGGGAAAUUAGAAGCGAGAUUUGUAUUAAUGGCAGUGAAGUAAAAUUUCAGUGGAGUUUAUUACACUCUCCAACUGUAGGGGGAGCCCAAGAGGGCAAUACCAAUUCUCACAAAAGCUACAUUCACGUUAGCAGGCUGAAGUGAGUUAAAUCGGAUUUUUUGCUCAGUGUGGCUCAGAUCUGAUUUUUUUCAUGGCUGUGUUCAUAUGUGGUCCUAAAUCAGAUCCGAUCCAUGGAUAUGUGACAUGAAUGUGAACGGUCAUAUCGGAAUUCAUGCGUCUUUUUUUUUAAACAUUUACGCAUUAGCAUUAGCAUUAGCGCUACGUGCUUCUCUCUUGUACCCACAACACAUCUCUUGGUGCAGCUAUAGCUGCAAAAAAACAGCAAAAGCAAACCACCUGGUCUUUUUCACCUCCUUGACCUUCCCUUUAUAUAUAUUUCCCUUUAUAAAGCUAAAGUCUCUUGUCUGUCAAAUAUUUUUUUUGGUUGUUGGUGAAGAAGGAGGCGUUUCAGGGACAAAUUUGUUCACAUUACACACAGAUUCAGAUCACUUACAUUUGUGAAUGUGAACAGUCAAGAUAGCCAAUCUGAUCUGAGCAAAAAAAAUCGGAUUUGAGCCAUGUGGCUUGUAAUGUGAAUGUAGCCAUAAAGCAUGCUCUAAAAAAUACAAUAAUGCUCUAAAGUAAUUGGUUGAAUCAUUUCCUUGACAGGACUGGCGACUGUAUUAAUGUAAUUAUUAAUAUAAGGAGAUGUAUGACCAAAUAUCAGAGAAGAAUUGAUGCAUGAGGAGUGCUUUGGUCUGGUGUUGUAAUCACUCAUUUACCUAUAUUAUUUCAAGAUAAUAAUAAUGAACCAAUAAUAAUGCACCAAAUCAUUCCCAUGGUAAAGUUUUGCCAGCUUUACUUAAACAACAAAACCAGCACUCAUUCCACCACAGCACUUGCGUUGACCAUUUUACAACCAUUUUAGGACCUUUGAGGAACCUUUACACAUGCCAAUAUUCAAACUUUGCAAUAUUAGACUUCAAUUCCUUUCACAGAAUUUUGACAGAAACUAGGCUCUGGCAUCACCAGUCGUAUCAGUGCCCUCCUCAACUGAGCCACUAGAGUUCUCAUACUUGUGCAGACUCUAAAUAUGUUCCGUUAGUAGAUGCCAGACCUCACAUCUUCAUCAUAAACCAUUUAUAUAUAUGCCCACAUGCACAGUCACAACCCUCCCAGGCUCAAACUUGGCACAGCUUCUGGCUCUUUUGAAUGUUUUUAACAUUGUGGAUGUACUACACCUACAGAGUUCCCUUCAGAUCCACUAUUCCACUGUUCCACUGGAAUAUAUUAAUGCCACUACUACUUCAGCUAUCUGCUCUCUCUUUCUCUUUCUCUUUUUCUCUCUUUCUCUCUCUGGCUGACACAUUCCCUCCAGUAGCUACACUCCCUAGUGCCGCUGGGUUGCCUUUCAGACUCUGGGUGGGGGGCACUGUAUCGCACUGUUCUUUUCACGCUUGCUUGUUGGUUUAUUAAUAAAGUCAUGUCUUCAGGC